GUGUUGAUUUAUUAUUAUAUAUCGUUGCAGCUACCGUUUCACUAUGGUUCCUGGUGUUCGCCGGGUUCGCGUGCAACUACAUGAUACGUAUCAAUCUCAACAUCGCCAUAGUCGACAUGACCACGGCGAAGAGCAAAGGUCGGAGUAUACUAAUGUGUGGAAAUUCGACGGACAGUUUAAAUUUGACCGUUGGAAAAGAUAGCGUUGUUAAAAAAACAGAUUUCGAGUGGAAAGACAGUGAACGGGCCAGCGUACUUGGAUCGUUUUAUUGGUUGCACUGGGCAUUACAGUUACCAGGAGGGUUGCUCGCGCGACAAUUCGGUGCCAAGCGCAUAUUUGGCCUCAGCAAUUUGUUCAUGUUCGUCAUGUCCCUGUUAAUGCCGGUCCUCGCCCGGUGGGACAUAAAGGGACUCAUCGUAGCCCGAGUGUUACAAGGGUUCGUCGGGGUAAGUGCUGCCUUUAGACCUUUCUCAUUUACGUAUUAAAUGGUGGGUACCUAAAUACCAGGUAUAUACAGGUGUCCGUUUUGUGGUUCGGACAGUGCAACCACGACUUUCAGUUCCGGGGCAUAUAUAGCGAUGCCCGAUAUCGGGGGUCGUGUUCUGAAUGGCCCCAUGUUCACGUGACCAUAAUUUUUCCCCUCAGAGGGGAAAACGUGUAUACAUUUUAAUGAGGAAAACCCAUACAUAUUUCAUUAUAUUUUUUUG